AUGGCACCCCCCAUUGUGCGGAAGUUAGCUCACGAUGAACCAGUGGUUUCUGUUCAUUGGUUAAGUGCCAAUAUUGGGGAGCCUGAUCUCAAGGUGCGUCCCCUCGAUUGAAAUGAAAAAAAAAUAGCUUUUGAUUGAAGACUCACUUAUGUCUUGCUGAACUAUGUGAUAGUUUUUCUAUGCUCAUUAGCUUUUCGGUUUCUGUGUGAUACUUGAAUAAGUAUUUCUAUCCUCAUUAGCUCAUUACUUCUGUGGAAUUACACUCUUACAUGAUUUGUAUGCUUUAUUCACAUCAGCAACGAAUCAUAUCAAUCACUCAUCAUCACUAUCAUCUUCAAGAAAUAUCCAAUAAAAAAUUCCCGAAUAUUGUUUUAACAAAAUAAAGGUUCCAGCCAUCACAUAAAUUCAUAUCAGUUCAUUUCUACAAGAUCAUUUAAGGAAUUGCCGAAACAAUGGCUUUUGGACGCCUCAUAAUGUGUAAAAUGCUAAUCUUUCUUUGGUUAUUGCAUAAAUGGUGGUGAUGUAUCAUCUCGUACAUCCUGUAACAUCUGAAGGCAAUCUUUAUCCUAAACAUCACGUGCAAUAUUUUUAAAAUUCCCCUAAAAUCAUAGGAUAUUGGAGGUUCAACAGCUGUUGACUUCUUUUUAAUCAACUACUCUAGUGUUGUUGAAACUCACCAAGUUAUUGUGUUCAUUCGGCACUUCUGACAAUUGGGUGACAUUAAAAGUUUAAAAUUCCAACUCCUCUUAUCAUCUAUUAUCAUAUCAAUAUUUUUCCCCCUUUUCCUCAGGUAUUGGAUGCCUCAUGGUACAUGCCACAUGAGGAACGAAAUCCUCUCCAAGAAUUUCGGGUACGUCUUUUAUCAGGUUUUUAUAUAAUUUUUUAAUUUUUGCGACAUCCUGUUGGUGUUUUAGUUCAGUAGUUCAUUGGGAAAGUGAUACGAGUUUUGGGAUGUCGAGAUAAGUUAAGAAGCAUAUCAGUUUGUACAAUGGACGGUUUUUGAAGAAGCAUUAGGGUUUUACUGGUUUAUAAAAUAAUCAGCCAUUCUAAAUCAUAAAUAUGUUCAGGAAGCAGUAUACAAAAAUAUUACAAUGAACAAAGCUGUCGUGAACAGAGCAUCUAAUUUAUGAAUUCGUAUAUUACCAGUGUAAGCCGGAGAAAGAUAGCUUCUAUUCAGUUGUGAAGUGAAUAAAGUUGACAAUAACGAUAGUGCUAGCAUGACUUUGAGUUUUUAACCUUUUUUUAAAAGGCAAGGAUCGAAUAACAGGCUAUGCAUAAAAUAUAACAAGUAACCAAAGGAAACUUGAAUCAAUAUGAUAAGAGAGCUAGGAACCGUAUAAUUCAAGGAUAAAAAUAGCAAACUUAUAAUGUAGAUCUCGAAGAACAUAGAAGAAUCUUAUCUUCUUCUUUCCUCCGGUGGAGCAAUGAAUUCCUUGGAUAGUUCUGAGAUGGUUUUACGACUUUUGUAAAAGAGUAUUUAUAAUAGUGGAAGACUGUUGUCGUCUGUUGGACUGGAGUUGUAUCUGGCUCCUGCCAAUGUGACUAGAUAAAAGUAAGGGCUCCAAUGGGGAUUGUGAAUCAAUAGACAAGUGCUUUAGUGUAUUAACGAUUCUUAAAGAGCCAUUUCAGAAGUUGGGAAAAGAUUAGAGGAGUUUCAUCUGGAAUUGGAGAGAUUCAUGCAAAACAAAUAUUCUCAUCGAAUAUUUGUGCAGAGUAUCAGGCUUCAAAGGUUCCUUGGACUGGCCUUGUAUUCAUUCAAGAAGAGUUACCGAAAGAAUUGAAAAUCAUCUGCCUGAGACUUAAGAUAUAGUGCUGGUACAGUUAUGAGGAAUAUUUUUAUGGUUUUAUUCUCUAUAUAUUGAAGAACUGUGGUAUUGAGAUGAAAAUAGGACAAACUUUGACGUUUCAUACCAUGUACUUUAUACUGAGAAGGGAAUGACUACUCCACAUAUGCUGUUUCAAAACUCGCUCUUUGCUUUAUACUGAUAUCUCGUGUACCGAAGAGAAAAGUUAUUGAAUGACUUGGUCAGAUUAUCACUGGUUCACUUUAUAUGUUAGCUUGAUUGUUUGCCUUGAAUCCAUGAUUCCAGGAUGGCUAGUGGUUGCCUGCUUUUGAUUCAUUCUCUUUUUAUUUUCCAGGUGUCUCACAUUCCUGGCGCCUUCUUCUUUGAUAUAGAUGCAAUAUCAGACAAGAAUACUAAUGUGAGUGGAACUUUUUUUGUCUGUUUUUAUUUCUCUUUCCCUUGUCAUCUUAAUUGGCUGUGAUUAUCAGAUUUUUAUGUUUACAACUUUAUUAUUACUGACUCUUCCCCGUUUUUAACUGUUUGCCAUUAUUGCAUAUUUUAUGUUUCUACCUAUAGUGUUCUCCUUCAUUUUAUGUUAGGAUAAAAUAAAACAACAUAAAAAAUCUAAAAUGGACGAUCAAGCAUAACCAGAAAAUGAAAGGUAGGAGCAGAAAUAAAAAACAACGAAAUCUAAACCAAUACCUUUAUUUUUUUGCAGUACAGUGUUAAGAUAGUGAAACAAAGCAAAAGAUAAAAUGUCAUUUCUUCGUUGAUCCCAUCAAAUAGACUGGGAUCAAGACCAUCAUCAUCUCAAUUCCUUGGACCAGUUAGUCAAUAGUGUAAAUGCCUUAAAUUAUGUCUUCACUUUGUGUUUCAUGAUCUUCCAAAUUGGAUUAUGAUCAGGAUGGGAUUAAUCCUCAAAUUAACUGACCUAAACUGGCCAUUCUCUUGAAAAAUCCCUGUCUAGUUUCUAGUAGGUAGGCUAUUUUAUCAAAUUUAAAACCCUGUGGUUCUUGCCCAUUUUAAGGGAAUAUUGCAGGCUCAACAAUUGGAAGUAGCUUACAGCAAUCAGUGAUGUGGGCGAUAAUGGCAUCCAAUGGUAGGGAAGUUCUCCCCCCCCCUCCCCUCCCUUUCCCCCUCCCUCUCUUUCUUCCUCUCUGUAUCUCUCUCUCCUGUGAUUCUUCCUCUAACAUUGCAGAACCUGUGGAGAAUUGAAAAUGUGCCUUAAAUCCCUAAGGGAGAUGGAAAUAAAUUUUUAUUGUCAUAAAAAAAAUUCUUUUGUGGUCUCUUUAAUUAAGCACAGUAGUUAUAGAUUCCCCAGCGAAGAGGAUCUGAAAGGAACACUUCCUAAUUAAUAAAAUUUUCUCGAUAAAACGAAAGAAUUAUGAAACCUACAUAAAGAAAAUGUAUUUUGGAGCUCAUGAGCCUCCUAAACGACUCUACUUCGAUUGUCCACUUUUUACUCAUUAGGGCUUUCUGUCUACAUUCAUCUACAUGAGGAAGAACAAGAGACGUUAAUUGACCGUUUUAUCAAUAAUAUGCAUGCUGAAAUAAGAUCAGCAGAUGCUUUGUUGAUUAUUUCUUGUUGUUGUUGUUCUUUACUCUUCUUUUAAAUUUCAAAGAUUAAUAUGGUACUCCCAAAAAUUUGGUCAGAUGUUGCUUAGUAUAUCUUAGUUUGCCAAUCUACCAAAAAGUGGCCAAUUUUUCCCUAUAUACUUGGUUCCAUUUUCUUUUAAGUUUUUUCGUGCUUCUAGAUGAUCAUAGAAAAGAAGCAUCUUUCAUUCUCUAACAUUCUUGUUUCUGAGUUCUUUUUCAAAUUAUAGGGAUGCAAGGGUUAAUGGUUGUCACAUUACUUCUGUGCUGGUUUGAUCGGGCCCUUUUGUAGACCACCCAGGAUUUAGCGUUAUCUUUAAUGAUCCAUGUGCUUUUCUCCUGUCUUGCAUCUCACUGAUUUAUGCCUAUUUUCAAAUACUUUAAUUUAAUUUUUUAUGUUCAUUUCUCUCGUACCAAAUUGAUUGAUUUUGUCUUUCAAUCAAAAAUUGACAGAGAGCGGAAAUUUAGUAAAAUAUCUCCGAUUAUGUUAAUCUUGCUUUUAUUUUCAUUGCUUUUGGUGAAUGUGGCAUAAAGUAUCUAUGAAUAAUAUGAAUCAGUUGCCACACAUGCUGCCAUCAGAGGAAGCUUUUGCUGCUGCUGUUUCUGCUCUUGGAAUUGGCAAUAAUGACAGGGUGGUUGUUUAUGAUGGAAAAGGGAUUUUCAGUGCAGCUCGAGUUUGGUGGUGAGCUCCUUGGUUAUGUCAAAUUUGAUCAUGCUUUCCUUAUAUAAAUAUUGAAAGCUGGAUUCCACUAGUGAAGUCGCUUUCUAGAAACGGCUCAGCAAAAUAAUAUCUCUGUCGUGUGACAUACAUGGAUAUUUUUUAUUUUAAUGUUAUAUUUUUUUUUGUACAUCCAAAUGUAGUGGUGAAAGCUUGAUUUAUUUUCCCUUGAAACAGAAUGGGGACAGUUGAGAGUGAUGAGUGCAGCGUUUUCAGUCCAUGUGCUGCUUACAUGAAUUGAUCAAUGGAGUUCAAACCGAGCUCCUUAGCAGUGAAUCUGGUGCAGAAGUAAGAGAAAACCUAAAGCAGGGGAUUAAUACAUUCUCGUUAUUUAUUCAAUUGAAAGGAUUUUUUUUAAUAGUUUUAUACGGAAAUCAUUUUUCAUAUUAUGCAAUGCAACUCUGGGUUGUUUAAUGGCUUCCAAUGAAAUGAUAGGCUGUGAGUUUUGAAAAUGAUUCAACCACCAGGUACAUUGGUGAUGCCACAGGCAGGUUGGCCUACUCAAUGGGAAGUGUGCGAAUUUCUUGAAUACAGAUCUUAUGAGCUAGGGUUUCAUAGUUUCACUCAUGCGACUGGUCAAGGACUAAAUCUUCAAGCAGAUACCAGACUGCAACAUGACUCUUUAUUUUGAAUGUGAACUCGUCCGAUUUGAAUUUAACUCAAAACAGAUUUGUACUUGAGCAGUAUCAGUACCAUAACCCUUAAAAACUGAUGCAGAUUUGUUCGGUGUCUCUCAAGUUUUAUCCUUUUAUCUUUAUUUAUGAUUCUUAUGUCUUUCGCAAUAACGAGAAAGUCAUGUAGGCCUAGUGAAGAUCUUUCAUAUGUUGUUGCUAAGAAAAAAAUCAUAACACUUUAUUCAUUCCCAUCUAAGUGUUUUUCUAAAACACUCUACUGGCCUUACAUUCUAAGCACAGUAGUUAGUCGCCUUUUCUCCAGUAGACUACAAUAACUGUACCUAAAAGAGUGUCUAUUCUGCUCCAGAUUGAGCCAUCCCUGCAAUCGUGUGUACUGAAAAAUAUUAAAACACUCUCACAAAAUCGUUUAUUAUUUCUUGUGAUUUAUAAAGGAUUUCUUAGUUUCUUCAACUAUUAAUGAGUUCCUCUUUUAGAUUAUUUAUUUAUUUAUUAGUACUCAGUACAUUAAUGGUAUCUUUGCAAUUCUAAAUCAAUCUGCCAAUAUUCUGGAAAUCUUUUCUAUCCAUAUUAUUGUGUUCAUAUCUAAAUAAUGCCGGCCAAAAAAAAGGGUGAGUUACUUCCGUUUGAUUUCAAAUAGACGCCUCAAUUUGAUUGAACCCGAAAGUUUUUACUUUCUAAUUCAUGUAAAAAUUCCUCCAAGCAGUAAAUCGUCAAUCUAUCUUCUUGAUUUGGUUGAGUUUUACGCUUUUUGCUGAUUGAAUUUCGGGGGCUGUGCGAGUUCGAGUCAAUGCCUUUGUUUUCUGCUGACACCCGCCCUCCUCCCACUCCACUCUCCCCUCUUCGGUGAUGCUGUACUUGAAUUGGCUAGAGUUCUCGCUGACAUGCACAAAACUUGUGUCAUAUUCUCUGAUCCGUGUGGUCAUCAUCCGCCUUAAGCGGACUGAUCAAUUAUGCUGUCAGACUAGUCUCAGGCCGGCCAAAAGAGGGAGUUCCACUAACCAAUAACCAUGCUUUUACAUUGUCUAGUGCCCUUUAUAUCUUCUUCAAAUCUUCUCCCCCCUGUGCUUUAAAGUUUGCCUCUCGUUGCUCUAUGCACUCCUCUUUUAGGAUAUGAACGAGUAAUAUUUCAGAUUUGGCCCACAAAAUUUCCAUGGUGAAGUUUAUGAAGGAUGGAUGGCUUUAUGCUUGCAAAGAUCGAUCAUCUAUUUUACUAGUUAUGUGAUGACCAAAACUCCUCGUUAUGGUCAGGAUGUUCCGAGCAUUUGGUCACAGUAAUGUUUGGGUCCUGGAUGGGGGCCUGCCCCUCUGGCGUGCUUCUGGAUAUGAUGUUGAAUCCAGCACCUCAGAUGACGCCAUUCUGAAAAGCAAUGCUGCAUCUGACGCAGUAGAAAAAGUUUACCAAGGCUUAUCGGUAUGUUUCCAUUAAAAAAAAAUCUCUAUAUAUUUUUUAUUAUUUUUUUAUUUUUAUUUUUAUCGAUGUUUCCGAUUUAUGGUCAUCCCCAAUGUCAUUAAUAGGUCUGUAGAUUGAAUAGCACAGCCUAAAAAUAGGUCACGCCUUGCUUUAUGUGAUUCUCUGCUUCAGACUGUUGAGUUUGCCUAAACAUGUCUAGAAAUGUCUAGAAAGAGAUUGGCGUGGAAGAUUAGAAAUGGAGAAAGCUGGGGUUGGGUGGACAGAAAUCUUGAUUUCUGCCUUUCUCUCUCUCUCUUUCUCUCUCUUGCUGUCUGUCACGUCCAUUGGCGCAUUUCUAGGAUGACUGCUCUCACCAUUCUCAUGAUCAUAUUCCGUUCUAGAUCGGAUAAGAACAGAUUAAUUGCCUUAUAAAGCCCCUUUGUCAAUUUAUUUAUUUAUUUAUUCCCUGUUGUUCUUAUCGCAGGUUGGUCCCACAACAUUUGAAGCAAAAUUGCAGCCUCACUUAGUUUGGACGCUGGAACAGGCAAGAUCUUGGCUCCCCUUCGUUUUUGGUCGGAAAUUGCGGUGUUCACUCCGUUUUUUUCUUCAUACUUAUUGACAUUUUUGGCAAUAAGAUAUCCAUUCCUGCAUUGGAGAUAUAAAUGGAAAUCUAAAAAGUGGGUUUAUGUUUAUGGGUCAGGAAGCUAACCAUGAAAUGCUUGGUCGCCGGGCAUGAACACCAAUGCAUCUAAACCCUGAUUUUCAACCUACCCUGGUUGUGUAUCAUUCUCAUCAAUUUAUUGGGUCACCAAGAUCAGCGAGGAGCUCCCUUCAUGAAGAUGCCUGCCUAGUGUCCUUUUCCAGUCCUGGAAGAGGGACGAAAUGGGUAAAGCAGGGAGAGAUCAUGGUGACAGGAGGAUGAUCUCCCGGGCUCAAUUGGAUUGUAUAAUGCCAUUAUUUUUAGUAGUUGAGAAUAUUAUUCGAAAAUCAGGAACAUCCUAUAAAUUCCUAGAAGAGUUCUUGCCGUCCAUUAAAGGUGAAUUUUUUUAGCAGAAAAUUCUGCCAGAUAAUCGGGCAAGUCUGCCAAGACAAUGAAUGAUGAUCAGCGCAGUCAACCCAAAUCUUUUCUUACCCGAUUUGGAAUGUGGAAUUUUCUCAUCAAAUUUAUUUUUGCCCAUUUUUCUUUUUAUCAAAUUCAUGCUGCGGAUCCCUCACCCUUUUCUUUUUCCUUCCCACCCUUCCUGUCUGCUUCAGAUCCAGAAGAACAUCCAGGAACAGGAGUACCAGCAGGUGGAUGCAAGGUCAAAGGGCAGGUUAGCAGAGAAUCCGUCGCAUAUGAUCCCAGAUAUCUUAUGAUUGGCCCGAUGAUCUUGUGAUCGCAGAUCUUUAGAAACCAUAUUUCCACAAUGGGUAAACUUUUUUUUUUUUUUAAAGAAAUAAUUCUCUGAAAACUAAUUCCAGGUUUGAUGGUGUGGCUCCGGAGCCUCGGAAAGGGAUCAAGAGCGGCCACAUCCCUGGAAGCAAGUGCGUUCCUUUUGGAGAGGUAACGGUCAUCAAUCGAACCUCAAGAGCAAUAAAUAAAUAAAUAUUAAUUAAUUACUAAAAAUAGAAUAUUUGAUUAUCUUAAAAUUCGCAUUUUCGUUCGUAUUUUUUUUGGCAGGUUCUGGACACCUCUCAGACGCUCCUGCCCCAGAGAGACCUCGCGAAGAGAAUCGAGGACGAAGGUUUAAAGAGAUAGAAACCUUCCCAUAUUUUCCACUCUGGGUAAACCAUUCCUGGUCUCUCGGCCGUUGACUUUUGGGCAUCGCAGGGAUCUCUCUCCACCGUCCGAUCGUGGCUUCCUGUGGGACCGGGGUCACGGCCUGCAUCCUCGCCUUGGUAAGAAGAUCUCCGUCCCCCCCUUUUAGUGUUUUUUAGGGAAGGCGGGGAUAUGACAGGAAAGGAGGUGGUAUCUGGUGGUGGAUUUGGUUGACGAAGAAAUCUAACCAGCUGGCUGCUUCUUCUUUCAGGGUUUGUAUCGGCUGGGGAUGGCCGACGUCCCGGUCUACGAUGGGUCGUGGACCGAGUGGGCGUUGACCCACCCCCGGAGCACCGAUCAACCCGGCCUGAUCUCAGACAGUCGUCUUGGUUGA